CAAAAAAAUAAUGAAUGUGACAUUGCUGAAAAAAAUUUCCAAAUGACCGAAUCUCAAAUUGAUGUCGAUGCUUCCUCGGAUAUUACAGAAAUUCCACACGUUGUUAUUCUUCACGAAAGAUUAUCUAGAAGAAAAUCUGACAGAUAUAUAUUAAAUAUUGCAUUAGCUUAUUAUAAAAUCGGAUAUAAAGUCAGCAUUUUAACAUCCGAAUUUGAGAGAAAUGAAGCUAUUACCGAUAUAAGGUUUGCAGGAAAAGUGGCACUUGAAUACUGCGCAUGGUGGAUCCCCAAAACACUACUGGGCCUCCUAAGCCUCUCCGUAUUUAGGUCUAUUUGGAUGGCCCUAAAAUUGAUUGUUUUUCCUCCAGACCCUAAACCAGAAGUAAUUAUAUUGGACGUUAGUCUCAUAGCCCUGUAUAUACUGAAAUCUUUCUCAAAUUAUAAAGUGUUUGUUGUUGAGACUUUCGAAGACCUAAAAAACACCGAUGCUUGUUACGAACAUACAAAGCUAAUUCCUACACUAGUUGAAGCUAAAUGGAUAAAACUGGCUGAUGAAAUUAUAGUUGAGACGUUAGGUUUUGCAGAGAUACUAGUAAAGUCCCACCCCUCUAUUAUAAAAAAGCCUCGAAUACUAUAUCCCUCCAUUGAUUUGGGACUUUGGAAUGAACCGGGAAUAAAAAUUCAACGAAUAAUCCCAGAUUUGUUGGGAGAUACCAUUUUAUUCUUAUCUGUCGGAAAAUUUAAGCGAGCCUCAAAUUUUAAAUUAGCUUUGGACGCUUUUGAAUUUCUUCUUGAACUUAUUGACGAUUCAGCUAUAACAAAGCGAUUUCAAUUAGUGGUUGCAGGUAACUGCAAAACUUUGGACGAAAGGUUUCACUAUAGCGAAUUAAUGGCUUCAGCGAAACAAAGAGUAUGUGCAGCACAAAUAACAUUCUUAAGACAGCUUCCAAUUAUUCAUGAAAAGACUUUAAUCAUGGAAUCCGCCAUAAUGAUACAUCCUGCAAAGAAUGACGUAUAUUCAGACUUUGUUCUAAAGGCUAUGUCCUUAGGAAAACCUAUAGUAGCCACGAACAAGGGUAUUGCGUCGAAACUGCUCGUACAUAGACUAUCAGGAGUCAUUGUCGAACCAGAACCAAAAGUUAUUGCUCUCGCUAUGAAAAAGUUAAUGCUAAAUCCGCAUUUGCAAGUAUUUUUGGGAGAUAUGGCCAAAGAAGCGUUUGAUAAGUCUCACUCCUUUGACGCUUUUUGUGGUCAAAUUAAUGAGAUAAUGAGAACACCUGUGGAAGCAUCUGUCAGUACUAUAUAUAACGGCCAUGAAGAAUCUAUUUCGGCAAAUUAAUAUGUUGUUAUAAUUAAAAAUUUCUUGUCAUUAUUUUUAAAUCUUGUAACAAAAUUUUAAACAUGCAAUAAAAUGAUAAAAAU